UUGUGAUUAUUCUUCAAUCUCAGCAGUGCGCACAUGGAGAUGCAGACUGUUUAGGUCGGUCUCAUACGUUGAUACAUACGACAGCUUUCAAAUUGUUCCUGGCCAAUAGCAGAGCUCAGACAAACAAUCAUCAGCGUGGACCCCAGUAGAGUCCUGGGGGUUGGUUUACCUGCCAGUGAUUUCGUUUGAGUGAGACACCAGGAAGAAUGGCACACGAGGAGGAGAUAAAAGAGAUGCCUGAGAGAAGACUGGUGCUGAUCGGUGGUAGACGGGAUGGUAAAAGCUCCUCGGUCAACACAAUACUGAGAGAUGAACAGUUCGAAUCCGGCCGGACUCGAACAGCUCAAUGCGAAGUGAGACAUGGAAUAGUGGGGGGCCGGAACCUGGUGGUGGUUGACACUCCGGGAUGGAAGAGCUCUCCCUGCCUCAGCGAGAUCCCAGAAAGAGACAAGCAACAAUUUCAACUCUACGCAUCCAAGUGUCCACCUGGACCGCAUGCUUUCAUCCUCGUCAUCCCCACCGAUUCUAGGUUCUCCUUUAAGCAGAAGAAGACUUUGGAGGAACACAUGACGCUGCUGGGGGAACAGGCGUGGCGAUACAGCAUGGUGCUGUUCACCUUUGGUGACUACCUGGACAACAACACCAUUGAGCAGCACAUUGAGCGUGAGGGUGAAGCGCUCACCUGGCUGAUAGGAAAGUGUAAGAACAGGUACCACGUGCUCAACAACAAGGACAAGAGCAAUUCAUCUCAGGUCACUCAGCUGAUGGAGAAGAUUGACGAAAUGGUCGAUGACAAUGAUAACAGCUUCUACAUGCUGGACAAUCACAUAUUCCACAACAUCAAGAAAAAGCAAGAAGAAGUGGCUCAAAAGGCCAAAGAGCGAUCGAGGCGGGCCUUGGAACAAAGAGAGGAAAUGAAAAUGACUGUUUCAGAAAUGGAACCCAUCCAGCAACUUCGUAUUAUUCUCCUGGGCAGCCGCUUUGUCGGGAAAACCUACGUAGGGAACACCAUCUUGGGAAUCAAAGAAAAUGAUGAAGGAAGAACAACGCUCUCCCAGGUCCUGCAGGGCUCAGUGGGCAGGACCAACAUUACAAUUGUGGACACUCCAAGUUGGCAGAAAGGCUUCCUUGCGUGCGACACGCCGGAAAUGAUCAAGGACAGGGUGCUGCAAAGCAUGUUCAAGUGCCCCCCGGGCCCCCACGUUUUCUUGCUGGUGAUCGACGCAGAUGCCUCGUUUAACACCAAGCACCUGUAUGCAGCCACCUCUCAUGUAGAGCUGUUCGGAGAGGGUGUGUGGAAACACACAAUGGUGGUGUUCACCCGAGGAGACUGGCAAGGGUCGCACAGCAUAGAAGAAUACAUCGAGAGCGAGGGGAAAGCCCUGCAGUCGCUUGUGGAGCGAUGCUGGAACAGAUAUCACGUUUUGGACAAGAUGAACAAAGACAACGGCACCCGGGUUGACGAGCUGCUGGAGAAAAUCACGCUGACUCUGGCAGGGAACGGAUGGAAACAUUUUCAACCCAAUGAGAUGAUGAUGAAGGCUUUGAUGGAGAGAGAAAAAAAAGUGGAAAACGCCACCAAACUGAGAAGUCAACUCAAGGCCACCAGAGUAGACAAAGGUUCUGCCCAAAAGCUGAAGGAGCUGAGAAUUUUGAUUCUUGGUGAAAAGAUGUCAGGAAAGACAACAGCAGCAAAUUGCCUCCUGUGGAGCAACGUGUUUCCCACUCAACCGAAUGACGGGUGUCUGGCCUGGCAGGCACAGGUCGCUGGCAGGCAAGUCACAGUGGUCGACACCCCGGGCUGGUAUCGCGAGCGCCAAUGCACCUGGGAGCAGGACCAAGAAAUAGUCCGAGGUCUGAGCCUGAGCCCUCAGGGGGUCCACGCUGUUCUGUUUGUGAUUUCCCUGGAUUUGAAAUUCACCAAGGCCAAUCAGGAGACCCUAGAGGAUCAUAUUAAGCUCUUUGGCGACAGCGUCUGGAACCAUACAAUGGUUCUGUUCACAGACGCGGACACCUUGGCUGACAGAUCCCUGGAGGAGUAUAUCGAGAGGGAGCACAGAGAGCUGCAGUGGUUGGUAGACAAGUGUGGAAACAAAUACCACUGUCUGAACGUCGCAGAGACAAGCAACAUUCGCCAGCACAACGAGCUGUUUGAGAAGAUAGAGGAGAUGACAGCAAAGAACCAGGGCCGCCUCUUCCGACCCGACAUAAAAGACAUCCACCUGAGGAUUGAUGAGAAGUUCCAGAAGAAGAAAAUCAAAGAUACUGUGCAACAUUUGAUAGAGCAGCAGUGCAGGAGCCGAGAACUGGAACUGUUGAAGGGCUUCAAGGAGAAGCUCGAAAAGCUGCAUCAGGACAUUAAGGAGAUUGUCCCCGCUCCAGUGGCACUAAGCACAGGUUUCAAGGGCAAGGUGAAGAAGAAAGCUGUCCUGUCAGAUAUUGAACAAGAGAUUGAAGAGCUGAAUAAGAGCAUUUUCAAGUCAAUGGAUCGUCUUCGGAACAGCAUGGACUUAAUCAGUAAAUUGAGUGGAUCCACCCAAGACAUGGAUCACGAUCUCAAAUGGUUGUCUACGCUUCAAAUCAGCACAAAUCAAGACUCCCAGCUCACACUCGACUUUUCAGAGUCAUCGAGAUAGGAAGGCAGUUCUUUUUGCUUUCACAUUGCAAGUUGAUUGGAAAGUACGGGUUCGAGAUGAGGCGUGUUUUGAUGUUUUGGUUUUUUUUUAUGUCAUGUUUCAUUUGUGUUUACGUAUUCAAUAUGUCUUCCUUUCUCAUAUUUGUCAGUACAGCAACCCAAAGUAAGUAAUAGGUAAACUCCACGAGUAAUUGACACCCACCCAAAAAGGUUUUUCUUCUAAUUUAUAGAUAUUUUAAUUGCCUACAUGAUGACAGCAAAGCAAGUUUCACCCCCCUCCCAAGGUUAUGACCUGCCUGAAAAAAAAAAAGAAACUCCUCCCCUCAGUUCAUCAUAGUUGCCUGGCACCAAGAUGCAACUUUUCUCUGGGGUAGAGUGUGGGUCAUAAAAAGUUAUGUAUAUUUUGUCAGGUCAUGAAAAACUGCAAACUGCUUGCAGUGACUUCGCCAAUAAAUGUUUCUAUAUAUGUCCA